CGGAGCGGGGGCCGCCGAUCGGCACCGGCAGUCGGGAUGGUCGUCAUGUGGCUGUACGGGCUGAUCUUCCUCCUCCUCCCGGUCCUGCUCCUGCUCCUGCUGCUCCGGCAGCUGCGGGGGACGGGGAGCGACCCCAGCCCCUUCGCCACCGACACCCGCCGCCCCCCGGCCCCACUGGUCACCGACAAGGCUGCCCGCAGGACGGUCGUCAAGACAGUUUUCUCGGCAGACAAGGUCCCCUCGGGGCUGGAUGCCAUCGUGGUGGGCAGCGGCAUCGGGGGCCUGGGGGCUGCGGCGCUGCUGGCCAAGGCGGGCAAGCGGGUGCUGGUGCUGGAGCAGCAUGGGAAGCUGGGGGGCUGCUGCCACACCUUCACCGAGAAGGGCUUCGAGUUCGACACCGGUAUUCACUACGUGGGGCAGAUGCAGGAGGGCUCCGUCACUCGCUUCAUGGUGGACCAGCUGACGGAGGGGCAGCUGGAGUGGGCUCGGCUGCCGGCCGUCUUCGACGCGGUGGUUUUGGGGGAGCCCAGCAGCGGCAGGACCUACCGCCUCUAUUCCGGGAAGGAGGAAUAUUUCCAAGGCUUGAAGGAACAGUUUCCCGGGGAGGAGGCCGCGAUCGAUGAGUUCAAGCGGCUGGUGAAGAGCGUGGGCAGAGGGACGGUGCUGGUGGGACUCCUGAAGAUGCUGCCGCGGGCGCUGGUCGCCCUGCUCUGCCGCUCGGGGCUGCUGCCCCGGCUCAGCGCCUUCUGCCGCCUGGCCCCGCGCAGCCUGAAGGAGGUGGUGGAGGGUCUCACCGCCAACCCCGAGCUCCGGGCCGUCCUCAGCUACAUCUUCCCCACCUACGGUGUGGUCCCCUCCAAGGCCAGCUUCUCCAUGCACAGCAUCUUGGUGAACCACUUCCUCCGCGGCGCCUGGUACCCCAAAGGAGGAGCCGGGGAAAUCGCCUUCCACACCAUUCCCGUUAUCCGGAAAACCGGAGGCAACGUGUUGGGAAAGGCACCGGUGCAGAGGAUCCUGCUGGACUCCCAGGGCAGAGCCUGCGGCGUGAGCGUUAAGAAAGGCCAGGAUUUGGUGAACAUCUUUGCUCCCAUCAUCAUUUCGGACGCCGGGAUCUUCAACACCUACGAACGGCUCCUGCCGGCGGAGGCGCGGGCGCUGCCGGAGAUCCAGUCGCAGCUUGGCAUGGCAACACACGGUGCAGGGGGUUUCACCGUCUUCGUAGGUCUUAACGGCUCAAGGGAAGAGCUGGGGCUGGAGCCCACCAACUACUUCAUGUACACAGGAACUGACCUGGAUGAAAUAACGAAUCGCUACCUGGCUUCUUCCAGAGAAGAAGCUGCCAAGAACAUCCCUCUCCUGUUUGUCACCUGCCCAUCAGCCAAGGACCCCACCUGGGAAACCAGGCACCCAGGUAAAUCCACGCUGGCCAUCGUGACCUUCGCCAAAUACGAGUGGUUUGAGGAGUGGAAGGACAAGCAGGUCAAUAAGCGGGGAGAUGAUUAUGAGGAGUUGAAGAAGACCUUUGUGGAUGCCAUCAUGCAGACUGUCUUCAAGCUCUACCCUCGCAUCGAGGACAGGAUCGAAUACAUCUCCGGGGGGACACCCCUCACCAACCAGCACUACAUUGCCAGCCCCAAGGGGGAGAUCUACGGCAUUGACCACAACAUCACCCGCAUGAAAGCCGAAACCAUUGCCACAGUGAGGGCGCAGACAGCUGUCCCCAACCUCUACCUGACAGGGCAGGAUUUGUGCAUAGGGGGCUUCAUGGGAGCCCUGCAAGGAGCCCUAAUCUGCGCCAGCGCCAUCCUCAAGCGCAACCUCUACGUCGACAUGGUGCAGCUGAAAAAGCGCACAGAGGCCACCAACUCUAAGAAGGGGGACUGAUGCCUGCCAUCCCACCGGCCAGGACCUCCCUUUAACCCCCAGCCCGCCAGAUCACCCACACUGCCCUAUUUUCAGCUCUCAAUUGCCUAUAGCACAUCUUUCUGCAAUGCAAAGUCAAAGGAUUACAGCCCAGGAAGAUGCCAUUCCUGGUUUCCAGCCAGCUUGCCAUAGACCUCGCCCACCAACAGCUCAUCUCCUUUCACCACAGUGUCUGAGUAAAAGCCAGUGUUGAUCCUUGGCCAUCCUUUUGAGGACAAACGCCUUCUGGUGCCAGGAAGAGGAGCUCCAAGAGCUGCCAUGUGCAAUGAUGGCCAGCAGAGAAGUCAAGUCAACCCCAAAAACCACGGUUACACCAGAAUGCAAGACCCAACAGCUUCUACCAGCAACACCCAAGGGCUGCUUGAUCCCUGCCAGUGUCCGAGAGCCAUGUGGACCAUCAGAAGAGCAUCAACCUUCUCUUGCAGCCCCCAGACCCGCUGGGUCAAGGGUGAUGCUCUCCCCCACUGAGAUGGCAGCUUGGGUGCUUAGUUGGGCUCCUAGAGCUUCAUGGGGCUCCUGAAGCUCCACAUGGGACUCUGCAGCCCUGCUGGUUGUGGAGGUGGCACCUCCCAGAGAUGGGGCCGUGCACGGGCUUGUCCAGGCAGCGUUGGGCAGGUUCAGUAAACCCCUGCCAGCUGCUGGAUGGGCACCAGCUGUGUUUAAGCGAGGGGAAGUCACGCGAAACUGAGCCCCGUUGCUGUGUUCUAACAAAGGUGCCCCGGAGAGGCUCAUGGACGCGGCCCAGUGGGAAGGAGCUGGCUCCCAGUCAACGGGACAGUGGAGCAAGCAGGUCCUCACAUCACACCAAGGCUGGGUGUGAAGAGCGGAUUAACUUAAGCCAGGCUAUUUAAGAGCAGGCAGAUUAAUUUAAGACGAGCUAUUUAAGAGCAAAGGUGCUUUGCCAGCUGCACAGUGCUUCCGAAGUCCUGCCUUGCUGUGGUGGAGCAGCAGGGCUGGUGUGCUCUGCAGCGACGCAGCCCCUCAACCCCGCCACGCUGCCUCUAUUUCGGUGCUGUUCUACACCCCUCCCUCCCCCCCCGCUGUGUCUCAUCGCCUGGAGACACACGAUGGUGCAAACACCCACUCCUUUGAGCAACAGAACAAGUCUGGCCUUUCUGUCUGCCGGGAAGAGCUUGGGAACCUGAUCAAAGUCCUCUCCAAAGGGGAAGGGAAGCAUGUGAGAGCAGAAAUAAAUGAAACA